AUGGUUUUUUUUCGAUUUCUUCUUUUCUAUCUAUAUCUUGUAUGUGCACUGUUUGUUUCUCGCUUGACAAGUGCCCGUAUCGCUGAGAACGACGGAUUUGUAAAUAAUGUCAAACAAAAAAUAUUGUGUAUGAUUAAUCCCAUCGCGAACAUUCAUUUGGCUUCUGGUUGCAUACUUGAUGCUGUCAACCGUUGUACAACACUCGCAAACAACUUCGCACGGAGCACACAAAGCAACUUUUAUUACAGUUCAAGACACAGUGAUUUUUUGUAUUGUCAUUGCUCCGGCUGGAAUUUUAUUGAUACAAUGUUUCGCAAUCAGUAUGACAGUGAUGUUACCGUGUGGAGUCCGCAAGGUCGGCUUCAUCAGGUCGAAUAUGCGAUGGAAGCGGUAAAAUUGGGUUCGGCAACGGUUGGUUUGAAAAGCCGUGACUAUGCAGUUUUGGUUGCAUUGAAACGUGCCUCAUCCGAAUUGGCAUCGUUUCAAAAGAAAAUUAUUCCCAUCGAUGAUCAUUUGGGCAUUUCAAUUGCCGGUAUUACAGCCGAUGCUCGUGUGUUGAGCCGUUACAUGCGUCAAGAAUGUUUGAAUUACAAGUAUUCAUUUGAUACCUUUUACCCGGUGAAUCGGUUGAUCUCCAAUUUGGGCAAUCGCAUGCAAACAUGUACGCAACGAUACGAUAGACGUCCGUAUGGCGUUGGUUUGUUGGUUGCCGGUUACGAUGACCAAGGACCGCAAAUUUUCGAAGUCGUCCCAAGCGCCAAUUAUUUCAGCUGCAAAGCUAUGUCAAUUGGCUCACGGUCGCAAAGCGCACGUACGUAUUUGGAGAAACAUUUGAACACAUUUGCCGAUUCAACCAAAGAUGAGUUGAUCAAGCACGGUUUGGAAGCACUCAAAGGAACACUGCCCAAUGAAGAUCUUCUAACUAAUUCGAAUAUUUCAAUUGCCGUCGUUGGCAAGAACGAAAAGUUCCACAUUUUGAACGAUGAAGAAACUGCCCGUUAUGUGGCUGCAGUUGAAAAGCGUUCUGGUCCACCACCCGACAACGAUGAUGGUGGAGCUGGUGUUGUUGGUGACAACGAACCGGCUUCGAUUGAUGACUUUGAUGAACCACGAGAUGAUGAAGGUCCGGGGGACCCACGAGUUCAAGUAGCCAUGGAAACAUAAGCACUUCACAUCAAGCAUGCAAUCGCCUUCUAUUCAACCUCCAUCAUCAACAGCCGUUUGAAUAGUUGGGGCGAGAAUUCGGCGUCUAUUUUUUUUAUACAAUAAGUCAACAUUACUGAAUUCUCGCCCCAGAAUAAAUUGGCCCAACUAGCUUUGUAUUCCAUGUGUCUACUUUUCAACUAAUUCAAAGUUCAUGCAUUGUAUUUGCUUUUAUAAUAAUCUAUCGAAAAACCUAAAUUUGGGGAAAAAUGCCAGAAAGGAAAUAAAACCACACUCAUAACAUUUUCGUUAAAUAAAA